GUGACUUGGGACCAUCUCUACUGUGCGGGGAGAGUCCUGUGCAUACCAGGGCCCCCCCUCCUGCUGGAUCCCAGAGCUCUGAGUCGCACCUGGGUCCUGGGAAGGGCUCCAGCCCCUCCCAGCUGCCUGUUCAGGCCUGACCUGCUCUCGCACAACCACCCUGGAGCUGGGAGCGUGGGCUGAAGGCCAGGCUGGCGACUGGGCAGGGCAGGAUGGAGCAGAGAGGGGCAGCCUGGGAGCUGUAGUUCCCUUCCUGCAUAAUGGCGAGGCAAAGGAAGGGAGCGGCUGGCCUGGCACAGAGAACAGCGUGUUGCUUACAGACUGGAGGGAGAGUCCCGCACCCUAGGAGGCUGGAUGCCACGAACGGGAGCACCACGACACCCACACCCGCAUCGGGGCUCACGGAGUCGGAGCGGCUGGCGGCCAUCAUUGUCCCCUCCCUAGUCGGGGGUCUCCUGCUUAUUGGACUCGUGAUCUUCGGGGCGCUCAAGGUGCGGGAGAGGCGGCAGACGGAGGGCACCUACCGGCCAAGCAACGAGGAGCAGGUGGGUGCUCGGGUGGUGACGAACACUAACCUCCAACUGCCCCCUGAGGAGCGGCUGAUCUGACCCGGGGGGAGGGGGGGGUCACACACACCCCCUCCCCGGACUGGCAGACUCUGCACCGGCUGGACCCUGCGGUUCCAGAGCCAGCUGCACACCUGGCGGGCGGGGGGGGGCCUCCUUGCUCUCUGCUGGCUGGAAGGAGCCGACGUCUUCGUCGCUGGAUGCAUCGGAUUUGAACCUACGCCCUCCUGCUGCGGGGGAGUGUGUGUGGGGGGGUGCCGCCCAGCCAGGGGCAGCCCGGGGCAGCUUGCCUGCGAAACUGCUGGCCAUGCUGGUGCUGCGCAACAUCGCCUCCUGGUGGACCACUUUAUCCUUCCCCAUCCACCCCCGUCUGCGUCUCACACGUGUCCUGUAAUCUCCCCUACCUCGGUCGGCGUCUGUCUGUCCUGGGGCCGGCUGCAGGGGGGUUGUGCUUGAAGCUGCCCGGGUCACCGAGCCGGCCUCAGCUUGCAUUGCAGGCUGCAGAUGGGGAGUGACUCUGUGUUGGCAACCGGGCUGCUGAAAGCGAGGCUGGCGCGGCAGCGAAGGAAGGGGAAGCUAGAAACUCCUGCCUGAGCCGCCAUGGAAGGUUUUGGCUUUAAAAAAAAUCCGCUGGAGGGGAACAACCGUGUCUAUGCAUUGUGUAAAAAACCGAUCCCCUGGGUUAGUUAAUACACAUCAGCCCGAGGUGCAGACGGAAGGUAGGGGAAGAGAGGUUUAAGUCCCUUCACUGUCGUGCCUCAUUUUCCCCAUCUAUCACUCCCCCUCCCCCUGGUGCUCUACAAAACCUUCUUGGGUGCAUGUGGAAGGAGCCACAUCACUCUCUAGCGGCUGGUGAAUGCAGAGGAUAAUAGCCUCCUGUGGCUGUCAGCUGAUGGAGCUGCUCCUUGGGUUGGGCUGACUGGAGUCAAACCUGGGCUGCUGAUGGGGUCAUUUCUCAUGGUGUGCAGAGGAGUGAAAUACACUAAUAACUCAAAAAACAACUGGGCGGCCUUUUCUGCUUCCCUGUCCCUGGGGAAUGAACCAAACUGCACCCAACUUAAUGAUCCAAAUCUGCGUCCUCCGGCAGGGCCGUGAUUCAUCCCUUCCUUAAACCAAAUCUCGUUGGAAUCUUCUCCCAUGUGCGGCAUCCCCCUGGAGCAGGGGUCGGGGCCUUUUCCCCCAAGCCACAGUGUCCCACAGCACAGCCCCGCCCCAUUGCUGCCCCUACCCCCGGCCAGCACCGGGGCUAAGGUUAUUUCCCUGCAUGGGGCAGCCUGUCCCCUCAUCAGUGAGGCUGGAGCAGGAGCAACUGUCCCCUGCCUUAAGCUUCCAGACCCAGCUGCAGUAGAAGCCGCUUGUGAGCGGAUUUCCGCACCCCAUUAAUCACUCGUACCAGGAGCGGUUCCCGAGCCUCGGGCUUGGAUUGUGGAUCUUUAACUCAAAGAGCUUUUCUCCCACCAGUGCCUUGGCCAUUUGAGUUAUGCGGAACACCUACCGUCCAUAGGUUUCCAAUAGGCUGGCCCAUGGGGCUGGCAGUGCCUUUAUGCCACCCGUGGGUCGUUGCUAUGAACAUCUCAGCCUCUUAACUUUGAUGUAGUGGCAGGGAGUUCCCCAGGCUUCCAAGGGAGGGAGAUGGGGGCGGGGAGCUGUUUGCCCAGGGGGCCAUCCAGCAUCAGGGCUUGCUAGGAACCCAGUUCCCCAACCAGCUGCCAUCUUUACAGCCCCUGGUCGAUGCUUCCUCGCUG